AUGCCGCUGCUCCGACCGUUCGUCCUUCAGGCCGCCCGCCGUGCUGCCGGCCGCGGCCUGGCAACGUCUGCAGUGAGAUCGCACCGACCCAUGGCCGUGAUGCCCCAGGUUUCCGAGGAGGACUCCAUGCUGCCAAGGGCUCCGAUGGCUGCAUCGGGAAGCGCGCUGAUGGCAGGCUCACCACUCUUCCUUACCGACCUUGAUGCUCCGAUGUAUUGGACCGAGAUCCAGUUUGUCUUGUCUGGCCCUAUCAAUGGCCUCUUCGAGCGCAUGUUUGAGACCGAAGCGGGCCCACUCUUCUUGAACGGGGUGUUCCUCGUGACGCUGUUGCGCAUGGGUGUCUACUAUGGCUUCAUGCAGCCAGCCUACCUGUGGCACUUCCAGGAGCGCUACGGCCAGACCUGGACCGUUGGCCACCACCUGUAUGGCUCCGACCUGCCGAACCCUCUCAAGAAGAAGUGA